CUCUGGUAACUACGUGCAAAGCGAACGAGGAAGAGAUGGGCCGACAACCCGAUAUUUACAAACCUUUCUAACAACUGUCUCAUUGGAAGCUUCACCAGUGUCAUGGUAGAAAUAUGUCUCUUGUAGUCCUACUUUGACAUCCGUUGGUUCACCCGUAUAGCGGCUACCAGCUUAGCCUACACACACUCUCUCUCUCCCCUCAGUUUUAUAUCCAAGAUUCGCAUUUCAGCCAAAUCCUUUCAGGACCUCUACUUCGACUCUCCUUACGCCCAGCGUUUCUACCUGCCUCCAGGCUGCUCUCGAACUGAGCUUCUUGAACCAUGAGACGGCGUCUCCUCUCGCUCUACGGCAUGAUUAGGACGACACCAAAGUCACCUUGUUCGGCCGUGAAGCUAUCCACCACACCCCGGCCUCAUGGCCGGCCUUCAAGAUGAGGGCGACCGAAUUUACGGUCCUCCGCGAAUCACUAUUGUGCCCCGUCAAGAACCUGUCUCCGUUACUGCCUCCGGACUACCCACGCUGCAUACCAAUCGAGAUACUUCCCAUGCUCUUCAUUUUCACGCGGUGGGCCAUUCGGAGACGUGGUAUCCGGCUACUGCGACUGUUCUACCAGAUCCCGUCAGCUGGAAAGAAGAAAGGCGGCACAAACGUUGGAUCCAUGGCACCUACCCCGAAGCCAUCGCCUGCGCCUCGGGGCUGUUGUCCGACUUUGUGGCUGAGAACGAAAGCGCAAGGCCGUUCUCAGUCGGCCCUCUACUCGCAAUCGGUCAAAUGACGGACUUUACAGACCCCAAGCGCCCGCGUUCCAAACCAGUAAUUGCUGCUGCGACCGGGCAGUCCGGCGAGGUCCUUCGUCUAGUUACUAUAAACUACGCUAAUUGCCACCGCGAUGGCGAUGACAUUCCUGCGAUGCGCCUUCUCCAACCCAUGCAGGACGGCAUGGAGGAUACUGUCUCUUGGGCGCAAGAUGAUAGUCCUAUAGCCCAGGUCAAGAUCGGCCUCGAUUUGGCUAGAAGUGAACCCUCCAGAUACGUCAUUGUCCAGAAACAACUCUCAACAACCAUCCUCAGCCCCCAAUAUCGACGGGUGCCCGUCUCUGGACCACCUUGCGACCCUACCAGGGAACUCGAGCGACCGUCUCGUAUCGAUCCCAGACCUGUUCUGACUCUCUCCUACCAGGAUACCGGGGGUAGACCGCAUUCAGAUGUUGCAUUCAGCCCCCUCUCGGAAGCAAGUCCUGAGAUGCUUGCUAUAGUUGAUGAGCGAGGGUAUUGGAGCGUCUGGGAAAUGCACAGGAAAUUCCGCAAGCUCGGUCGGGUCGAUCUUACGUCGGAGCUGAGGUUCUGCGGUCGAAUACACGCCGGAAUGCUCGAGGACCUGCCAACCGAGACAGACUCGUCCAUUCCUGCGGGGCACCACGGUAUCCUCUGGGUGGGAUCUUCUGGGCCAGACUGGAACCACUGGGAUGCGCCGUUGAUUGAUCCGCAAGGGGAGUAUGACGAGGGAACUGAAGGCAACGAGUUUGGGCGGUCUUCCCGGGUGCACAUGCUACUUGUUUGGAACCGGACUGGCCUCGAGUGGAUCGACCUUCGCUACCCGGACUGCCAUCCUGCACGUGGUCCACAAGUGCUCAGGACGCGACGAGAUGUUAUACAGGAUGUUCAGUCGAAUCCUGCCAACCAGAACCAGGUGUUUGUACUCACUAGCUCGGACCUCAUCUGGAUCGAACUAGUUCCGGCCCAGGAUACUGGCGGUGGCGUCGUGGGCAAACCAACCGUAUUGCUCUCGUGCGCUCACUUACGAGGUACCAGCAGCGGCCAUCUCAGAAUUCGAACACACCACGCAUGGCCGUCACUUGGCAGCAACGCCAGCGUGGUCUGUGUUCAUUCCGACACCAGCCCUGACGUUGACAUAUUCACAUUUCGUGUUAGCAGUGAGACGGGGCACCCUCGGUUUCAAUACCAUACGAUCAAAGUACCCCGCCCUAGCCCUAGCCAUGAUGCCACCACCGCAGGUGACCUCCCGGCUUUGCAGACGCUCAGCCUAGUCCCAGCCCGCAUCUACUCCACUGGUGCGCCGUCGAGCGGUCCGGACGAGAAGUAUCUCGGUCGGCCUGACCAUUUCUGGCAGCUCCUCUUCCUUCGCGAGGAUUUGAGCUUAGGAUGUUGCAUGGUGGUUGCCACUACGUCUGGCACCGACAAUGUCGCUAUUCCUGAUAUCAGCGGGGCCGUAUCCGACGGCCAGAUCAGGCGAUUGCGCGACAAGCGGAGAGCGGAUUUUCUCCAGCAUCACGGGGAGACUUUUGUUGUGUCAGAUGCUUUCGGGGACGUGAGCGACCAAACUCGCACCGGUGGCGCGUUAACCCAUAGUUCAACGCUCGAUGAUGGAGAUACGGGUCGCUCACGCUCAGGCUCACGCCGUUGGCCUAGGGGCCAUGUCGAGGGCGUCGAUCUACUGAUGUCGCGCGUGUCGGUUUCAAUAGAUUCGCUGGCUCUGGAGACCGAGCAUAACCGUGCCCGCGGGACUGUCCCCGGACUCGAAUCCGUCAAGGAUGUGAUACAAAGUUGUCUUUCUGAAGACGAGAGGCGUCUGCCACUUAGAACACUGCGAGACUGCGGGGUCGUGUUUGAAGCGCCGCCGAUUACUGAAGCUGGCGAGGCGGAUUGGGACUCUCAGUUGCGGUCCCUUCAGUCCCUAGCCGACGGACGUGUGAUUAUCCAAGCGAUUCUCCCGCGCAUAUUGGACGUCGAGCUGUCGGGGAAUCAUGCAUCCAUCGGGGAGUUGCGUCGUCGAUGUGAAGAGUGCUGGCCUGUCCUAGGGAGCUCGUCACCCGGCCGUCUUUCGAGAGAACUAGCGCUGUCAGAAGCAUCCGAGGCCAUCAUGCGGUCCUCAUAUGGCGUCUCGGUCUUCGGCUUGGGUGAAUCCCGCGAAAUGGAAGGACCGUCUUCGUGGGUCCCGAUGUUGAGGCAGGCGCCCAACACACAGACGCAGUUGGGGUCCUCGCAACAAACGGGCUAUCUCACACCCCGUACGACCAAAUCACUCUCUCCCGCACCAUCGUCCCAGACAUCCCAAGUGCCGGGUUCUUCAGCACCUUCGGCUCCUGGCUCGUCGAUCGAGGAUGGACACGGACGUGAUGCUCUGGAGCGACUCAGCAUGCUUGCUCACCGGGUCAACACGGCCAAACCACUUCCAGGACGGCCCAGCCCCGUGCUCUCAUACUGGCCGGAGGAGCGCGGUGUGACGACAGAAGGGUAUCGAUCUUCGAUCCAGGCAGCGUCAAGCCUCCGGUUGGAGGAAGCGCGCAGUAAGACGCAGCGAUCGGAGUCCCGCCGGCUCCAGAGGCAAAGGCAGCGAGGGCGGAGAGCAGAGGGCUUCCCGCAUGGAUCGACGAUGGACAUGGCCUCGUCAUCACAGCAAGCGCCGGUUUUUUCCCAGGCGGCGGCACCUGCCAUCUCACUUGCUCCUCCGUCGCUCUCCGAUCUCAUUCUCCCCAUCCUCCCCCCGCCAGUUGUCUCAUACCAGAUGCAUACGCAUACGCAGGGGCAGGGGCAGGGGCAGCCGUUUGCACAGUCGUCAUCACAAAUACGUCCGUCGUCGCAGUUCUCUCAGUUUCCGGGGGAGACUAUGUCGCAGCCAGUUCCGGGACAGCACGGGCGGAGGCCGCAGCAGCAAAAGAAGAAACCAAAGAGGAGGGGUGGUUUUUAGGUGGGGGUUUCGGUUUGGGCAAUCAGGAAACAGAAACCCUUUUAAUUUGGCAUCACUGCCGGAUACCUCGCGAGGAGUGUCGUUGAUGUAUAUUUUUUGGGGGAUAUUAGGAGUUACUGGCGCUAGAAGAUACCCUGGGACUAAAGAGAGCCACCUACUACGUACCUUAGGUACCUUGUUGAGAGGAUAAGAGGAUAAGAGGAUAC